AAAGCAACUACUAAAGUUAAUCCAUUUUACUCGAAGCUCCCAAGGUCUCAUCAUCCCCGACUUUCGGAAUUCUUUACACACCAAUCACCCAUCUCCAGGCAUUCACUCUAAAAUUCACACAAAUUUAGAUCUUCUUCUUCCUCUUUCGUAUUUGUUUGUGAAUUGUGGUUCUGUUCAGCACCUUUUCUUCCUGUUCCGGAUCUCACUAAGAGAUUUUGAUUGAAGCUUCUGUUAGACUCACCGUAAAGGAUAUCAUUCUGAUUGAAGCUCAAAUUAAGGAGAGAUCUUGGAUCCAAUGGCGGUCGCAGUCCGAGGAAGCCGGGGCGGAGGGUCGGGUCUCGGUGGAUUCAGUCUACGGAGCUUCUUCUCGUACCGGGUCUUCGUCUCGGCCAUGUUCUCCCUCCUCUUCAUCGCCACGCUCUCCGUCCUCCUCACCACCAACCCAUCCACCUCUCACCACGAUUCUACCCUACCGACUACUGGGAAUGCGUAUGUGCAUCGAACGUUUUUGGCUUUGAAAUCCGACCCUCUUAAAACGAGAUUGGAUUUGAUAUAUAAGCAAGCGAGUGAUCACGUUACGCUUGUGAAUGCAUAUGCGGCAUAUGCGAGGAAGCUUAAGCUUGAGAUUUCUAGGCAAAUGAGGAUGUUUGAUGAUCUGGCACGGAAUUUCUCGGAUCUUCAGAUGAAGCCCACUUACCGGGCAUCGUUGUUCGAUUCAGAGGGUCCGGUGGAUGAGGAUGUUUUGAGACAGUUUGAGAAGGAGGUGAAGGAUAAAGUUAAGAUUGCACGGUUGAUGAUUGCAGAGGCGAAAGAGAAUUAUGAUAAUCAGUUGAAGAUUCAGAAGCUGAAGGACACGAUCUUUGCGGUUAAUGAGUUGCUUAUUAAGGCAAAGAAGAAUGGGGCAUUUGCAAGCUUGAUUUCUGCCAAGUCAAUUCCGAAGAGCUUGCAUUGUUUGGCAAUGAGGCUUGUAGAGGAAAGGAUUUCUCAUCCUGAGAAAUAUAGGGAUGAGGACCCUAAGCCAGAGUUUGAGGAUCCGAGUUUGUAUCAUUAUGCCAUAUUUUCAGAUAAUGUGAUUGCGGUAUCUGUGGUAGUGAGAUCUGUGGUAAAAAAUGCACAGGAGCCUUGGAAACAUGUUUUCCACGUAGUUACAGAUAGGAUGAAUCUUGCAGCAAUGAAGGUUUGGUUUAAGAUGAGGCCAGUGGAAGGAGGUGCCCACGUAGAGGUGAAGGCAGUAGAGGAUUAUACUUUCUUGAAUUCUUCAUACGUGCCAGUAUUAAGGCAACUGGAGUCAGCAAAGUUGCAAAAUUUUUACUUCCAGAACCAGGCAGAGAAUGCUACGAAAGAUGCACAUAACAUGAAGUUUAGGAACCCAAAGUACUUGUCAAUGUUGAAUCACCUUCGCUUCUAUUUGCCAGAGAUGUACCCUAAAUUGCACAAAAUCCUAUUUUUGGACGACGAUGUUGUGGUUCAGAAAGACUUAACAGGGUUAUGGAAGAUUGAUUUGGAUGGGAAAGUGAAUGGAGCUGUUGAGACCUGCUUUGGGUCUUUCCACCGCUAUGCCCAGUACUUGAAUUUCUCACAUCCUCUAAUUAGGGAGAGAUUCAAUCCUAAGGCUUGUGCUUGGGCUUAUGGAAUGAACAUAUUUGAUCUUGAUGCUUGGAGGCGUGAGAAAUGCACGGAACGGUAUCAUUACUGGCAGAACUUGAAUGAAGAACGUGCCUUAUGGAAGUUGGGUACUCUUCCGCCUGGCCUGAUCACCUUCUACUCAACAACAAAGUCAGUGGACAAAUCCUGGCACGUGCUAGGGCUUGGCUACAAUCCCAGCAUUGGCAUGGAUGAGAUCAACAAUGCUGCAGUCAUUCAUUACAAUGGCAACAUGAAACCUUGGCUCGACAUUGCUAUGAACCAGUAUAAGAAUCUCUGGACCAAAUAUGUGGACAAUGAUAUGGAGUUUGUGCAGAUGUGCAAUUUUGGCCUCUAACUGCAUGCCGUGGCUGCUCUGUCGUCGAUCGGGUAACACGACCAAUGAGUUCCAGCCGAUGUCCAUAGUGGGUUAUCUUAUUCAUCUGGGUUAUCGUAUCCUGUAUCAGUUGUAACCUUCAGAGUGAAGCAUUUUUUUCAUUCUGUGGUGGAAAUGCUAUCUACUAUUUUUGGGUUUUUGAGCUUUUGUUAGUUGUAAGCUAUCAAGCAUGAGUUCUUAUGAACCAGUUUGGGUUUUGUACACGGAGAAACGAUUCUUUUAAUUAAAAUUCUUUUACCAAUC